ACAUCUAUGUAAGGUACUCAUAACUCAACCAGCAUCCUCAACCAAAGUGUUCGAUCGCUUCCAACAUGGCCAUUUCCUGUUCUGCAGAAUGGUCUCUUGCUUGCACAAAUUGUUCCAGAACAACCCAUCACCUGCAUGCAGUGAUCCCCACGUGCCACUUCCCUUCCUGGUGCACUGUCUCACCUUCUCACCCACGCUUCUUCCAUGUCAAUUUCUCAGCUUCUCCCACACCCAUUUUGGAAGAAGAACCUUCCAACACCCCCAUCAUCCAUUUAGAUGUUAACUUUGCUGAUGUUCAACAAUAUUCCAAGCCAGAAGCUGAGAACUUGAACGAGUUUUUAUGUGGGUUGUUUGAGGAUCCAAAAACAAGGGAACUUGCGUUUGACUACUACCAAAGGUUGAAAGAGAGGCCAGAGUUUAGGCCUAACAAAUCAACAGUAAGGUAUGUGAUCAGGUACUUGAUGAGUUUGAAGGAAUGGGAUUUGAUUUUAUCAGUUUCAGAAGACUUUCAGGUUUACCAUGUGUUGCCUGAUAGGGCUACUUGCUCUAGCUUGAUUAAAUUUUGCAUUAAGCGUAGGAAAUUCAGAAUUGCUGAUGUUCUGCUCGAUGUUUUUAAUUCUGAUAGUAAGGUUGCUUUCUUAGCUUGUAGUUCUGCCAUGGAAAGUUAUAAUAAGCUGCAUAUGUUUAGGAAUACUGUUUUGGUCUAUGAACGAAUGAAAUCCACUGGUAUUCUUCUGGAUUCUGUAGGUUAUUUACACAUUAUGGAAGCUUACUCUAAACUUAAUGAAUGUGACAAAGUGGUUCAGUUGUUUCAUGAAUUUAAAAGUAGGAACUUAAGAACUUCAGCCAGAUAUUUAUCUCAAAUCUAUGGGAUUCUAUGCGAGUCAUUGGGGAAGUUUGGAAGGGCUUUUGAAGCACUUAAUUACUUCAGAGAGAUGAAUCAGAAGGGGACUUCUGGAUACUCAAUUUAUUCCACCUUGAUAUACUCUUUUGCGAGUUUACGCAAGGUUGAUUUGGCUGAGGAACUUUUCAGAGAAGCUAAAAGCAAAACAGUGAUAAAGGACCCUGAGGUCUAUUUAAGGCUUAUGCUUAUGUACAUAGAUGAAGGUUUGUUGGAGAAGACUUUGGAGAUUGUGAAGGCAAUGGACGAUGCAGAUGUGAAGGUUUCUGAUUCUAUAAUAUGUACUAUUGUCAAUGGCUUUAGCAAGAAAAGAGGGUUUUCAGCUGCAGUUAAGGUUUUUGAGGAUCUAGUUUCGAAGGGCUAUGAACCAGGUCAAGUCACCUAUGCUUCAGUUAUAAACGCAUAUUGGCGUCUUGGACAAUGCAGCAAAGCAGAAGAGGUGUUUGAAGAGAUGGAGAAAAAGGGGUUUGACAAAUGUGUUUAUGCUUAUGCAAGUAUGAUUGUGAUGUAUGGGAGAACUGGGAAGGUGAGAACUGCAACAAGGUUGGUAGCUAAGAUGAAAGAAAGAGGGUGCAAACCAAAUGUGUGGAUCUAUAACUCAUUGAUAGACAUGCAUGGGAGGGAGAAGAAUUUGAAGCAGCUUGAGAAGCUGUGGAGAGAGAUGAAGAGAAGAAAGGUAGCACCAGAUAAGGUGACUUACACUACCAUCAUCGGUGCUUAUAACAAGGCAGGAGAGUUUGAAAGUUGUGUGAAACUGUUUGAUGAGUACAGAAUCAAUGGUGGCCUUAUUGAUAGGGCCAUGGCAGGUAUAAUGGUUGGUGUGUACACUAAAGUUGGUCAGGUUGAUGAUCUGGUGAAACUCUUGCAGGACAUGAAAACAGAAGGGACAAGACUAGAUCAAAGGCUGUAUCAGUCUGCUUGGAAUGCUUUUAAGGAUGCUGGGUUGCAACUGCAGGCAAAAUGGAUGAAAGAGAGCUUCCUUGUGGCAUAGUCUUCUUUAUAUUUGUCCAACAUUUGGCCAAAUCUGAAGCAGAAAUAUGUGAAACCGGUUAGUAGUGUGAUGCUUAAUGCUUUCUCUGUUACUCCAAAUAUUGCAGUAUGUAUAUUUAUACACCAUGUAUAGGUUUCUUGCUUGUACAAUUAUUUAUUAGCCCUUUUCUGUUAUAUCCUUGCAAACUCAAAUUGUGAUCUAGUAACAAGAUCCAACUGCAUAGGUUGCUGUAAAGUAUUUUUUGUAACCAAACAUGAACAUAACUAAGCAGGAAAUCCAUUUUAUCUUCAAA